AAUUACAAGCAAAAAUCGUCUUCGUCUUUGACGCCAUGAUUUAUCAUUCUGUACACAUCCUAGGCCCACCCAAGACAACUCUCAGCCAUGACUUGGAAGCUGUGGAUGGUGCCACUCGCCUACCUUCUGGCCUCCUCGGAGGGCUCCUUCGACGAAUGCGACUUCAUGCUCGAAGACGAUAUUCCAUUCACGCUAGCCUGCAAAGGCGAUUACAGCUCCGAUAUGAAGUUGAACUACCGAGACGUUUGGGUCAAGGCCGGCGUGCCCUACUGGCUUUGGUGGAGGAAGCAGGCAGGUCGGGAGAUGCUGGUCUCCUUCUACAAGUCCCGCAUAUCCCCCUGCAAGAACGUUACCCUGAGCCUGAACUGUCUUCACUGCUCGCACUCCGUUGAUCCUGGCCUCCACAUCCGCCCGGAGAGCAUCCACUGCUUCGGGUUCUCCUUCUCCUAUGUACGGGAGCUGAUGAAACACUGUGGCCUGUCGCCCAGAACGAAGAUUGAUCAUGUAGCCAUUCAUUAUGCGAGGCUAGUUCCCAAUCGGGAUAUCCCUGGGCAGGCUACCCGAACGCGCCCUUGGAUCCUGCGGCUCUGGGACCUUUGGAGGAGAGUGUGGUAA